GUCUCAGCCACGUCUGUCAAUUCGGUAUCGAAUCUGUCACCUCAAAAUAUUUAUGAAAACUCAAUGAGCAAUAAGUGUAUACAGCAAAGAUGACUGACAGAUGGCCACCUGAAUCCUCCAUCUUACACAUUGAAGUCGUCGGUUGUCCGUAUAAUGACUAACUUUCGGGCGUCUCCACAUCCUGCCCGAACAUCGCGAAAAGCCUCUUCCAACCUCCCGGUCCGCGCAAAGAUACUGAAUUAUCUAUACUAAGGCUUCCAGUGGCUUCAGAAAAGCCCGAUAGUCUAUAAAAUGGCCCUGGAUCUCUCCGUCUAUCUGGUCACCGACUCGACCCCUGUGAUCCUCAAGGGUCGGGAUCUGUGCACGGUUGUUGAAGAGGCCCUGAAAGGAGGUGUCACUAUUGUCCAAUAUCGCGAGAAGAAAGCCGACACUGGGGCUCAAAUAGAGACCGCCAAGAAGCUGCAUCAGAUCUGCAAGGCUUAUGGAGUACCGCUGCUAAUCAACGACCGUGUGGACGUUGCCCUCGCGGUAGGAGCGGAGGGUGUCCACCUCGGCCAAGAUGACAUGACAAUCGAAGUUGCCAAGAAGCUGCUCCCCGAGAAUGCUAUCAUCGGCAUCAGCGCGGGAACUGUCGAGGAGGCCCAGAAAGCGAUCGCGGCGGGUGCCGACUAUCUCGGCAUUGGAACCAUGUUUGCUACCCCUACCAAAACAAACACAAAAUUGAUCCUGGGCACAGCCGGCACCCAAGCCAUUCUGGAAGCUAUCUCCGAUACGGGCCGGACUGUGGGAACCGUCUCUAUCGGUGGCAUCAACCAGUCGAACGUGCAGCGUGUCUUGUACCAGUCCCGCGCGCCGAAGAAGGCCCUGGAUGGUGUUGCCAUCGUCAGUGCCAUCAUGGCUGCUGACGAUCCCAAGGCUGCAGCGGCGGAGUUUGUGAAGCUUGUCGCCCACCCACCUCCAUUUGUCCAGAGUGGCCCAGCGGCUUCGACGCGGGACACCGCCACACUCAUUGAGCAAGUUCCCCAAGCAGUACAGGAUAUGGUCAAGGCUCACCCGCUGGUCCACAAUAUGAUCAACUAUGUUGUGGCCAACUUUGUUGCCAAUGUCGCUCUCUCAAUAGGCGCUUCUCCGAUCAUGUCUCCGUACGGCGACGAAGCCGUGGAUCUCCGCGAAUUUGGCGGGGCCUUGGUGAUCAACAUGGGCACACUCACCAGCGAGAGUAUUCCGAAUUAUCUCAAGGCCUUGAAGGCAUACAAUGAGCGCGGGAACCCCGUAGUGUAUGACCCCGUCGGCGCAGCGGCGACUAGCAUCCGUCGAGGCACUGUCAAGCAGCUGAUGGCGGGCGGGUACUUUGAUCUCAUCAAGGGCAACGAGGGUGAGAUCCGACAGGCAUACGGCAGCAGCGGGGUAACGCAGAGAGGUGUCGACAGCGGGCCGAGCAGCCUCGACGGUCAAGCAAAGGCUCGGUUGGCUCUUGAGCUUGCCAAACGAGAGAGGAACCUCGUCCUUUUGACCGGUGCAGUUGACUACCUGAGCGACGGCGAGCGCGUCAUUGCCGUGGAAAACGGUCACGAACUGCUCGGACAGGUCACAGGCACUGGCUGUGCUGUUGGAACUGUCUCCGGAUGCUUCCUGGCAGCCAACCCGAAAGACAAGCUUCUUGCCGUGCUGGCGGGUCUGUUGAUGUACGAGAUCGCAGCCGAGAACGCCGCGGCGAGGGGGGAUGUGCGGGGACCGGGAAGUUUUGUUCCUGCUUUCCUGGAUGAACUGUAUGCGAUCCGGCAGGCAGCUUCGAAGGGGGAUGGCAGCUGGCUUAGUGGACGUGCAAAGGUGAGGGAGAUUGAUUUGUAGGUAGAUGUAGAUAGGUUGAAUUACUUGGGUGUAGUUAUAGCGCUGGCACAAUAGUCAUCAAUAUUUCUG